UAGUGGCGCGUUCUUGGCGGCGGGGAGAGACACCAGCCAAGCCAUGGGCGGCGGCGGCGGAGAAGAGAAGCCGUUCAAUUUCCUCCAGGUCCUCUGCGAGGGCGUCAUAGCCGGAGGGACCGCCGGCGUCGUGGUGGAGACGGCUCUGUACCCCAUCGACACCAUCAAGACCAGGCUCCAGGCUGCUCGAGCUGGAAGUCAAAUUCAAUGGAAAGGCCUGUAUUCUGGAUUAGGCGGAAAUCUUGUCGGUGUUCUCCCGGCUUCUGCUCUGUUCGUGGGAAUAUAUGAACCAACUAAACGGAAACUACUGGAUGUGUUUCCUGAUAAUUUGAGUGCUGUUGCUCAUCUUACUGCAGGGGCUGUUGGAGGGUUUGCUGCUUCUCUCAUUCGUGUCCCCACAGAGGUGGUCAAACAAAGGAUGCAAACUGGUCAAUUCAGUACUGCGCCUAAUGCUGUUCGUAUGAUAGUUGCCAAGGAGGGAUUUAAAGGUCUUUAUGCUGGGUAUGGUUCAUUUUUACUUCGAGAUCUUCCGUUCGAUGCCAUUCAGUUCUGCAUAUACGAGCAACUUCGAAUUGGUUACAAGCUUGUGGCAAAGAGGGAGCUGAAUGAUCCAGAGAAUGCACUCAUUGGUGCUUUUGCCGGUGCAAUUACUGGCGCUAUAACGACGCCCCUCGAUGUUCUGAAGACAAGGUUGAUGGUUCAGGGGCAAACAAAGCAAUACUCUGGAAUUGUAAGCUGUGCUCAAACAAUCUUGAGAGAGGAAGGUCCCAAGGCAUUCUUGAGGGGCAUCGAGCCACGGGUGCUGUGGAUCGGCAUCGGUGGGUCCAUCUUCUUUGGUGUGCUGGAGAAGACCAAGUCCAUGCUCACCGAGAGGAGCAGCUGCAAGGCCACGACCGACAAGGAUGAGUGAAACAACCAACAAAUUGUGCAUCCUUUGCUGACUUGCUCAACAGAAUGACCCUUCAUUUCACCUCAAGUUUUGCUCAGAGUUUAUCUGCUGGGGUUGCGUUUCAUCUUUCAGAACCAUAGGCCACACGAUCAGUUUCAGUUUGUUUUUCUUAUCUGAGAGGGACCUCCUGUGCUACUCUUGUACAUUGUAGUCUUUGUCAAUUUUUAUUUUGAGUCUAUACCGUGAUUAAACACUGCUUAACUAUCACGGGCGGUUAAUUAUCACACUUCUCUUUGCACAAA